GUGAGAACAAGUCUUGCUUGUCUCACAAGGUCAAAUUAUUCUAUAAUGUUACUUAAAGAGAGACUUCAGAGCUCAGGACAACUUUGCAUUUUUGAAUCACUUAUUAUAGUCAAAUUUGAGUGAACAUAAUUUUUUUUGUGUUUGCCCACUCCUUUCCUUACUUUUAACAGUUUUUGUUUCGGUCUCAUCACUGUUUUGCGUCGUCUGCUAAUAAUCACAGUAAAAACACGGUUCGCCUGGCCGCCAUUACGAUGACGUCACGAAAUGGACAGCUCUCUCGGCCUCGUUUUCACCCACAGUGCCUGUGUACACAUUCAACAUGUCGGACUCGAGCGCAAUAAGUGAUUUUCAAGUUUCUGAUAGUGAUAAUGCUAGCGUUGUAACAUCCUCGAGUAAUUUCACGGAUAGUGGAGAUGAAUCAGUGGUAACUGGUGUCAUUCUUGGCUACCAGUUCGAGCCCGUUGUUGAAGGCAGUUUUGAGGAUAUGGAAGAAGGCGAGGAUGUUGAUGACGAGGAAGAGGAAGAUAGAUUCUGGCGACUUCGUAUGGAGGAGCAAAACUGGUGCAUAUGUGGUGACAAAUGUGAGGUGCAAGAUGUCCCAAUAGAAAAUGCCUGUUGCCAUGAAAAGGAACCAAUUUUGAGGAAAAUUGAGGCGUACAACGAGGAACAUGGCGGAAACAUUCGAUGCAUCACCGAACAUCCCGGGUUCCAGUCCAAUUGCCUUGAUGUGUGGGUGCUACAGACUGCCUACUCCCAUUACAAGCAGCAAUAUCGGGCGGCAGUAGAUGGAGAAACAAAUGAGAAAUAUAGAUACGUUGCCUAUCGUCAACUCGUCAGGUGGUGCUGGGGAUUCCUUGGGAAAAAGAAUCGAGUGCCCCUACCAGCAUGUGCUUUGGAGAAGAUCCGGUUAAGAUUUUAUGUUCUUGGGGAUGCAGUUGGUUUCAAAUACCCAACAUUGGAUGACUAGAUUUAUAGAAUGUAUCACAAAGCAUUCACUAGUGUUUAUUCAUAUCACCCAGUCAUGCCAGUGUCAUGCAAUACUUGUGCCAUUGGAUUGUUCAUGAACAUGAAUCUCU